AAACAAAUUUAGUAUCCAACGCCACCGAAUGAAAAAGAACAAUCAGCCAACCAAAAAAACUGCCAAAACUCCCUCUUCACCUCUCCCUUCUACCCCCCACUCAAUCCCAAAAAAAGAAAAAAGAAAUAAUAUUUUGUCCACCAUGAGAACACAAUUAUCACCUGUUUUCCUACAUCUCCAACAAUUUCCCUUCUAUCAUCAAUUAAAGCUGGUAAUUUGGGAGAAAAGAUUGAAAUUGUUGGAAGAUGAAUAAAAUGUUCAAUCGAAUGAAAGGAGAGGAGAGGAUAGAAAAGUUAAUUCGUGGUCUUUUAAAGCUUCAAGACAACAGGAGAUGUAUCAACUGCAACAGUUUGGGGCCACAAUACGUUUGCACAACUUUCUGGACAUUUGUCUGCACACGUUGCAGCGGAGUGCACCGUGAGUUCACACAUAGAGUAAAAUCCGUGUCAAUGGCUAGAUUUACUGAAGAAGAAGUUAGUGCUCUGGAAGCCGGAGGGAAUGAGCGAGCAAAAGAAAUCUACUUCAGAACAUGGGAUACGUAUCGUAAUUCAUAUCCAGAUCCUAGUGAUCUUCACAGACUUCGGGAGUUUAUAAAGCAUGUUUAUGUGGACCGGAAAUAUUCAAGUGACAGGGGCCGCGAGAAGCUUCCCGUAGUGAAAACAAGUUUUAAAGAUGACUAUUACAGUCCUGGAGCUAGAGAUGCAGACGGAUGGUCAUCUGAAACCUACAGUCCAAGAAGAAGAAGUGAUGAUAUAAACGUAAGAUCAUACUCCAAUAUUGAGGAUAGAAGAAGUCCCCAUAAUAACAACCAAGGUAAUAGAUCUAGCAGGGCGAGAAGCCGACCAACUCGCUUUGAAAUAGUUGAUGACAGGUUCCGAGAUGAUGGAACUAGUGAUGUCAAGAGAUAUCAAUAUCAUAUAUUCUCAAAAUCAGAGCGUAGAAGCAACUCACCUAGUUCCCCCAAAAUACAAUCAAUCAAAGACAUCUUGGGUGACAAAGUUGUACCACUAGAGGUUGGUGAAUCUCCUAAACAAAGUGCAGCCGGAGUUACUAGUGAAAGCCCUGCUAAUGAUGAGAAAAUGGCAACGGAGGAAGCACCUGCUGCCAAUAUUGGUAGCUUAAUUGAUUUGGAAAAUGAACCUCAGCCUCAGCAACAGACACAACAAACAGAGCCACCUAAAGAAACCACCAAUGCCUCAAUUCCGUCUUCCUCAGCAGAGAAGGUUUCCAAUAUGGAUUUACUGGAAUCUUUGUUUCUUGACAUGUCAACUCCACCAGUUGCGUCAACAGAAAUUCAAGCUGCUACUGAAGCUACACCAGUUGCAACUGUAUCUUCAUGCAAUAUCUCUCAAAUAGCUGGAGCUCCCCCUGUAGUUUCUAGUAGUUUUGGACCUCCUGUGGCUUUUCUCACGAGUUCCGUAGCAUUGCCUGGACCAAAUGAUUCCACAGCUCUCUCUAUCAAAAAUCAGCAUUCUGCAGUCCCCAUAGGCAUCAAUAGCUCCAAUAUUCAACAAAGCACUGCAUCAUUUGGAGUUCAGCAAAAUACUUUGCAGCCUACAAGAAAUGCUGAAGCACCACCUGCAAAUCCAUUAUCUCUUCAGCCAUCUCAAGCUGCCUCUGUGUCAACUCUAAAUAGUAGUCCAUCAAAUGAUCCAAAAUCUAUUGGAAGAAAGGAACUCCCAGCGGACCUUUUCACCUUGAGCUUUCCUCCACUUGCUGCAGCUGUUCCUGGUUGGCAAUUUGCCCCUCACAGAAUGGCGUAUGGCAUGCAAUACCACCCGGCAGCUAUGACAGCUCACCCAAACUCAGCAAGAUCAAGAAAUCCAUUCGAUAUUGGUCAAGAUGGACCUCAAGUUCAAGGCUCAGAGUUCCCUUCAAUGUUACCUAUGCAAGCAGCACUACCAACAAAUGUACAGCCUCAGCCACUGCCUUAUGCUAUGGCAAUGCAUAUGCCUCCACAGAUAGCUAACUCUGGGAUGCCCGCCAUUUCUGGAGGAGCAUAUGCAGGGCAACAGAUUCCCAGCAACAUGGCCCUUGCCAGAUCACAAGGGAAUACUAGCUUUGGCAAAGAUGAUUCCACCUUCGCUUCCUUAAAUCCUCUUCAACAAUCCAAUGAUGCAUAUUUCGCGCCAGCUAGACCGAGCAGUUUUUCAACUGGGGGAGGAAAUCCAUUUGGAUAGUCGAAAAAAGAAACAUCAAACAUUAUAUAUACAAGACUUCACUUGUUCGAGUUACUUGUAUCCCAUACACGUGUAACUUAGGAGAAGUUAGUUUCAUCAGUCUUGUUAGAAGUGUAUAGCUAGCAUGUAUUAUUGAAACUGAAAGGUGUACUAGCAGCUGUAUAUAUUCAGAGGCGGAUUCUGAUAGCAAUAAGCAGUGACAGAAGAAAAAAGAUAUAAUGUAACUAGAGCAAAAUAACGUUCAUUCUUCCUUAUUCUCCCCUUGCUCCAAUACAGAAUAUAAGGAAGAAAAGAGUUGAUGUGGCAUAACCACUUCUGGGGUUCAAAAGGAAAUAAAAUAACUAAAAACUUGACUUGA